ACUCACCGGAGUCUGUCAAACAACGCCUCCACUGCUCGCUCAAUCACCCCACGAUCCUCAACAUCACGCAUCACCCGAAACCUCCCAUCCAUCACCAAAAGACACUGCUCCCAUCGUCGAUCAGCCAUGUGUCAAGGUCAUCGCGAGGCCGACGUGGCCGGCGCCAACAUGGACAUCACCAUGGGAAGAGAGGUUCUGCCGAAGAACGUGAAGCCGCUUCACUACGACUUGACACUCGAGCCGAACUUCGAGACCUUCAAGUACGACGGCGCAGUCGAGAUCGAGCUGGACGUGGUGGAGGACACAACAUCGAUAUCGGUCAACUCGUUGGACAUUGACAUCAAGGAGACGAAGGUUCUAUCUGGAGAGAGUGUCAUCUCAUCAUCGCCGAAGAUCACGCACGAUGCCGACUCCCAGACUACGAAGAUCGAGUUUGAUCAGACAAUCCCAGCGGGCACAAAGGCAAAGUUGAUUCAGAAGUUUGUGGGCACGUUGAAUGACAACAUGGCUGGAUUUUAUCGCUCGUCGUACAAGGGCGAGAACGGAGAAGAUGCUUGGAUUGCUACAACUCAAAUGGAGCCGACAGAUUGUCGGAGAGCGUUCCCCUGUAUGGACGAGCCUGCUCUCAAGGCUACCUUCACCGUGACGCUCAUCGCGGACGAGAAGAUGACCUGUCUCAGCAAUAUGGACGUUGCCAGCGAGAAGCAGGUUGACUCUGCGGUCACCGGAAAGAAGCGCAAGGCUGUCACAUUCAACAAGACUCCUCUCAUGUCCACAUACCUCCUCGCCUUCAUCGUCGGUGAGCUCAAGGUCCAUGAGACGAACACCUUCCGCAUUCCCGUCCGAGUAUUCUGCACGCCGGACAAGGAUAUCAACCACGGAACUUUCUCCGCUGAGCUCGCAGCCAAGACGCUGGAGUUCUACGAGAAGCAAUUCGCCAGCGAGUUCCCACUUCCUAAGAUGGACAUGGUUGCUAUUCCUGACUUCUCGGCCGGUGCUAUGGAGAACUGGGGACUGGUCACAUACCGCGUUGUCGAUCUGCUGCUGGAUGAGAAGAACGUCUCCGCAUCGACCAAGCAGCGCGUGGCAGAGGUCGUUCAGCACGAGCUUGCCCACCAAUGGUUCGGUAACUUGGUUACCAUGGACUUCUGGGAUGGCUUGUGGUUGAACGAGGGAUUUGCUACAUGGAUGUCGUGGUACAGCUGCAACAUCUUUUACCCCGAGUGGAAGGUAUGGCAAGGCUAUGUCACGGACAACCUGCAAUCCGCUCUUGGUCUGGAUUCGCUGCGCAGCUCUCAUCCGAUUGAGGUUCCAGUCAAGCGUGCAGACGAGAUCAACCAGAUCUUCGACGCCAUUUCUUACUCCAAAGGAUCUUGUGUCAUCCGCAUGGUCUCAAAAUACCUGGGCGAGGAUGUCUUCAUGGAGGGCAUUCGCCGUUACCUGAAGAAGCACGCUUACGGAAACACUACCACUGGUGAUCUUUGGGCUUCUCUGAGUGACGCCAGUGGAAAGGACGUGGAACGCAUUGCAGACAUCUGGACAAAGAACAUUGGUUUUCCAGUCGUCAGCGUGACGGAGGACGCCUCAUCCAGCUCCAUCAAUGUCAAGCAAAACCGCUUCCUGCGCACUGCUGAUGUCAAGCCAGAGGAGGAUAAGACUCUCUUCCCUGUGUUCCUCGGCCUGCGGACCAAGAACGGCGUGGAUGAGGAGCUCACCCUCAACAAGCGCGAGCAGAGCUUCAAAGUACCCGACCUGGACUUCUUCAAGCUCAACGCAGACCACUCUGGCAUUUACCGGACAUCAUACACUGCUGAGAGGCUGACCAAGCUGGGUGAGAAUGCCAAGGCAGGACUCCUCACCGUUGAGGACCGCGCUGGCAUGAUUGCUGAUGCUGGUGCUCUGUCCGCUGCUGGAUACUCGAAGACUGACGGUCUCCUCUCACUUCUGAAGGGCUUUGACACCGAGCCUGACUUUGUUGUCUGGGAUGAGAUUACUGCGCGCAUCGGAGCUGUCCGCGCCGCUUGGAUCUUCGAGGACGAUAAGGUCAAGGACGCUCUCAAGGCUUUCCAACGUGACCUCGUCUCCAAUGUAGCGCACAAGCUUGGCUGGACCUUCAAGGAAGAUGACGGCCACAUCGAGCAGCAGUUCAAGUCGCUCAUGUUCGGCAAUGCCGCUGCUGCCGGUGACGAGAAGGCCAAGGCUGCCGCUUUCGACAUGUUCGAGAAGUUCGCCGCUGGCGAUCGUUCCGCUCUUCACCCCAAUCUGAGAGGAAGCGUCUAUGCCGUCGUUCUCCAAUACGGUGGCAAGAAGGAGUAUGACAUCCUCGUCAAGGAAUACGAGACAGCCAAGACCAGCGACGAGCGCAACGUGGCCCUCCGCUCUCUCGGCCGUGCACGCGACCCCGAACUCAUCCAGCGCUCGCUCGCCUACUCCCUCAGCAAGCACGUCAAGGAGCAAGACAUCUACAUCCCACUCGCCGGGCUCCGUGCCCACCGCGAGGGCAUCGAAGCAUUCUGGGCAUGGAUGAAGGAGAACUGGGAGCUGCUGCGCGAGAAGAUGCCGCCGAGCUUCACACUGCUCGGCAGCACUGUAAGCAUGGCCACGAGUGGUUUCACAAAGGAGGAGCAGCUGAAGGAUGUGGAGAAGUUCUUCGAGGGAAAGAGCACAAAGGGCUUUGACCGCAAUUUGGCGCAGAGCUUUGAUGCUGUGAGGGCGAAGAUGGGAUGGAUCAAGAGAGAUGAGAAGGAUGUUGAGAAGUGGUUGAGGGACAACAAGUACUUGUAG